AUGGAACCGCGUGUGGGGAAUAAAUUCCAGCUCGGCCGGAAAAUUGGCAGCGGCUCGUUCGGAGAGAUCUAUCUAGGUACUAAUAUACAGACAAAUGAACAGGUUGCUAUUAAGCUGGAAAAUGUCAAGACAAAGCAUCCCCAGCUACUUUAUGAGUCUAAGUUGUACAAAUUGCUACAAGGAGGAACUGGAAUUCCAAAUGUUAGAUGGUUUGGAGUUGAGGGAGACUAUAAUGUCCUUGUGAUGGAUUUAUUGGGACCUAGUCUUGAAGAUUUGUUCAACUUCUGCAGUCGGAAACUGUCUCUAAAGACCGUUCUCAUGCUUGCAGAUCAGAUGAUUAACCGGGUUGAGUUUGUUCAUUCUAAAUCUUUCCUGCAUCGGGAUAUUAAGCCUGAUAACUUUCUUAUGGGCUUAGGAAGGCGUGCAAACCAGGUAUAUAUUAUUGAUUUCGGACUUGCAAAGAAGUAUAGAGACUCCUCAACUCAUCAACACAUUCCAUAUAGAGAAAAUAAAAACUUGACUGGUACGGCUAGAUAUGCUAGCAUGAAUACUCACCUCGGUAUUGAACAAAGUCGGAGGGAUGAUUUAGAAUCACUUGGAUAUGUUCUUAUGUACUUCUUGAGAGGAAGGCGACCUGCUGUAUCCAGUAGCCGUGAUCCAGUGCUCACAGGGAAUGAUUAUGACCCUUCACAGAAAGACUCACUCCCAGGAGGACCCCGCAAAAUAUCCAGUGCUGCUCAAAGAAGCUCGCCAGCCUUAUCAUCAGAUCACAAACGUGCCACCUCUAAUAUAAAGAAUUUUGACUCUACCCUCAAAGAUCUCCAGGUCAUAAUUCUUCCAGCAAAAUCAGAGAUCGCAUUUAAGCUGCAUCUAUUUUGUGUGCUGUUCAAUAAUUUGUGGAAGGUUCAAGAAUCUCUAUCGCUUGCUAAGAGGCACAAGUUCUGGGAAACCCAACCUGUAGGCCAGUACAAGGAUCUUGGGGAUACGAGCCUGCCUGAAGGCCCAAUUGAGCCUCCAACUCCCCUGACUGAAGUCAAACAAGUGCCUUACAAUCUACCUGCUCCUUAUGAGUGGAUAACUUGUGAUAUGGAAUCUGAAGAGAUGUGUAUAGAGGUGUAUAAUCUCCUGACAAAUAACUACGUCGAGGAUGAUGAGAACAUGUUCAGGCUUGGUGCGAGGAUGACAAUGAGCCGAACAAUAAAGCUAUAUAAGUUACCCGAUCAAACAGCAACUCCUGGGUUCAGAAAGAUGGAACCCCAUGACAUUCCUGCUGUUACUCGUUUGCUGAGGAAUUACUUGAAGCAGUUUAUUGUUGCACCGGACUUUGACGAGAAUGAUGUGGAGCAUUGGCUACUACCCCAGGAAAAUGUUGUGGAUAGUUACUUGGUCGAAAGUCCUGAAACUCACGAGAUAACCGACUUCUGCAGUUUUUACACCCUCCCAUCUUCUAUACUUGGCAGUCAUAACCACUCCACUUUAAAGGCUGCGUAUUCUUAUUAUAACGUGUCCACAAAGACUCCAUUACUUCAGCUGAUGAAUGAUGCACUUAUUGUUGCCAAGAAGAAGGAUUUUGACGUUUUCAAUGCUUUGGACGUUAUGCAUAACGAGACUUUCUUGAAGGAGCUGAAGUUUGGCCCUGGGGAUGGGAAACUCCACUACUAUCUUUAUAACUAUCGACUAAAACACGUUUUAAGGUCAUCAGAACUUGGGCUUGUACUCUUAUAG